GCCAGAUGCCUGUGAUGGAGGAAAUGGAUCCCACUGAGAGCAACGGCAUGGCGAAGAGGGUUGCUCUCAUCAGCUUCCUGUCACUGGUCAUGCUCAUGAGUGUCCUGGGAAACCUGCUGGUCAUGGUAGCCGUCUGCAAGGAUCGGCAGCUCAGGAAAAUUAAGACCAAUUACUUCAUAGUGUCUCUGGCCUUUGCUGACCUGCUGGUGUCGGUGUUAGUGAUGCCGUUUGGGGCCAUCGAGCUGAUCCACCAGAACUGGAUCUACGGCGAGACCUUCUGUCUGGUGCGCACCUCGCUGGAUGUGCUGCUCACCACUGCCUCCAUUCUGCACCUGUGCUGUAUAUCGCUGGACCGGUACUAUGCUAUCUGCUGUCAGCCACUGGUCUACAGGAAUAAGAUGACACCUUUGAGAGUGGCUCUUAUGAUAGGAGGAUGCUGGAUUAUCCCAACUGUUAUAUCCUUCUUACCAAUAAUGCAAGGCUGGAACAGCAUUGGAAUAAAUCACUUGAUAGAAGCUCGCAAGUUCAGCGGCAACUCCACGGUGUGUGUGUUCAUGGUGAACAAGCCAUACGCGCUCACCUGCUCCGUGGUGGCCUUCUACAUCCCGCUGGGCCUGAUGGUCCUGGCCUACCAGCGCAUUUACGUGACAGCACGUGAGCAUGCACGCCAGAUCAGCAUGCUGCAGCGGGCGGGCGGGGCGGGCCAUGCCCCCUCGGACAGCGCCGACCACCAGCGGCACCAUCGCAUGCGCACCGAGACCAAGGCGGCCAAGACUCUGUGCAUCAUCAUGGGCUGCUUCUGCCUGUGCUGGGCUCCGUUCUUCAUCACCAACGUGGUGGACCCCUUCAUAGACUAUACAGUGCCCGAGCAGCUUUGGGCUGCCUGCCUUUGGCUGGGCUACAUCAACUCCAUGCUCAACCCCAUCCUCUAUGCCUUCCUCAACAAGUCCUUCCGUCGUGCCUUCCUCAUCAUCCUGUGCUGCGGGCAGAAGCGCUACAGACGGACCUCCAUCCUAGCACCCAGGAACCCCUGCACUGCUACCCAAAUCAACGGCUCCGCUCACGUGCUCAAUGGCUGUUCCUCUGCCUCCAAACUCCUCCUCUGGUUUUGCAACACUAGACCUGUUCCUGUCUAAUGCUGUGUGGGGAGCACACAAGUACUCAGUUCUUCACAAUGGGAACCAUACUGAACUGGAGAAACUGUCA